AUGGGCAUUGCAGGUUUACUUCCACAAUUAAAAACCAUACAAAGGCCAAUGACAUUAAGUCGAUAUGCUGGUAUGACGCUUGGAAUUGAUGGAUAUGCCUGGUUACACAAGGCGGCAUGUUCAUGUGCCUAUGAAUUAGUAAUGGGUCGUCCUACUGAAAAAUAUUUACAAUAUUUUAUUCGGAAAUUCAAGAUGAUGAAACAAUUAAAUAUUCAACCAUUUGUUGUAUUUGAUGGUGGUCCCAUUGAAGUGAAAAGGGCUAUUGAAAUGGAUCGACUGAGAAAGAGAGAAAAUAAUAAAUUGAUGGCGAAAAAAUUAUGGUGCAAUGGUGAAAGGCAUGCUGCUAUGGAACGUUUCCAAAAGAGUGUGGAUGUUACUACUGAAAUGGCUAAAUGUAUUAUUGAUUAUUGCAAGGAUAAUUCGAUACCGUAUGUUAUUGCGCCUUUUGAGGCAGAUUCACAGAUGGUUUAUCUAGAGAAGAUUGGUAUGAUUGAUGGAAUAAUAUCUGAAGAUUCUGAUAUCUUGAUAUUUGGUGGUAACAGGUUAAUAACAAAAUUAAAUGACUCUGGUGACUGUUUACAAAUUUCAAGUGCUGAUUUUAUCAAAGUUCAAACAGAAAAAUUUCCCAUUGGAGAAUUAACUGCAGAUCAAAUUAGAAUGUUGGUUUGUUUAUCUGGUUGUGAUUAUACAAAUGGGAUAUGGAAAAUUGGAUUAAUUACUGCAAUGAAGUUAGUAAAGCAAUUCUCGGAUAUGAAUUCUAUUAUUUCCUAUCUCAAGGAGCUUAAUAACGAUAAGAAGAAAUAUAUUAUUUCUGAUACAUUUUUGCAAGAAUAUGAAUUUGCCAAUUAUUCAUUCCAAUAUCAAAGAGUAUUUUGCCCAAAGAGGAAUGAAAUAGUUACAUUAAAUGAAAUAUCUAACAUUACUAGUAAUAAAGAAUUAGAAAUAAUUUCACAAUGUAUUGGAUCCGUGGUCCGUAAAGGAGAUAAGUCAUUACGAAAGGAAUGCGUUACAAAUUCAGAAGAUAUCAAUCACGAACUAUAUCUGCAAGUAGCUGUUGGUAAUUUAGAUCCACAGAAUUUUAUGAAGAGACUUAUAAGCAGAGAAAUAAAAUUGAAAGAAAAGUAUGGGAAGGAACGUGAAAGAAAGAGAAACACAAAGAAAGCAACAACUAAUAUAUUCAUUGGAGAAAAUCAUAAUAAUUUAUUAAAUACAAUUCCAUCAGCGUUCAACGUUGGAUGUCCUGCAUAUUAA